AUGGGAGCCGGAAGUGAAGGCGGCGCGGCGUCCUUCCCUGUCCCUAUGGUCCAUUGUGAAGGCACUCAGGGAGGUGGCCUCCUCGCGAGUUUUCCUCCCGAAGAGGAGCUGGGCCAGCGGAGAGAGAAGAGUUCAGGGUGCAAUGCAAGAAAGGUCGGGGAGAGCAUGCCAGAUCUUGCCUUCUUUGCAUUGCACGACGCUCCUGCAAGGCAGGCCAGCGGGGAUGUUCUGGGGAGGCGCGGCUCCGGGUGCAAAGCGGUUGAUGGGGGUGAAGGAUUGCAGCUUUACACGCACCAGAGUUUGGGGGGGGGCGUGGGGCGCGUGGGAAGAGAGAAAUCGGGGAAUCUCCUUUUCCUGUCUGCUAGGCAUGGUGGGAAAUCCCAGGGAUUGCUUUAAUUAAUUCAAAGAUUUGUUGCAGUUGUUGCUGCUGUUUAGUCGUUUAGUCGUGUCCGACUCUUCGUGACCCCCUGGACCAGGGCACGCUUGUCUUCCACUGCCUCCCGCAGUUUGGUCAAACUCAUGUUUGUAGCUUCGAGAACACUGUCCAACCAUCUCGUCCUCUGUCGUCCCCUUCUCCUUGUGCCCUCCAUCUUUCCCAACAUCAGGGUCUUUUCCAGGGAGUCUUCUCUUCUCAUGAGGUGGCCAAAGUCUUGGAGCCUCAGCUUCAUGAUCUGUCCUUCCAGUGAGCACUCAGGGCUGAUUUCCUUAAGAAUGGAGAGGUUUGAUCUUCUUGCAGUCCAUGGGACUCUCAAGAGUCUCCUCCAGCACCAUAAUUCAAAAGCAUCAAUUCUUCGGCGAUCAGCCUUCUUUAUGGUCCAGCUCUCACUUCCAUAUAUCACUACUGGGAAAACCAUAGCUUUUAUUCAGCUUUGUCAUUGCUUUUCUCCCAAGAAGCAGGCGUCUUUUAAUUUCGUGACUGCUGUCACCAUCUGCAGUGAUCAUGAAGCCCAAGAAAGUAAAAUCUCUCACUGCCUCCAUUUCUUCCCCUUCUAUUUGCCAGGAGGUGAUGGGCCCAGUGGCCAUGAUCUUCGUUUUUUUGAUGUUGAGCUUCAGACCAUAUUUUGCGCUCUCCUCUUUCACCCUCAUUAAAAGGUUAUUUAAUUCCUCCUCACUUUCUGCCAUCAAGGUUGUGUCAUCUGCAUAUCUAAGGUUGUUGCAUUUAGAUCCUCCAGGGAGUCUACGUGGUCCUCGUUUAAUUCCCCUGCACAACAACCCUGAGAAGUAGGCUAAGGCUGAGCCCUGGUUCACCCACUGAGCUUCAUCAUGGCUGGACAGGGAUUCGAACCCAGGUCUCUCGGUCCUAGUCUGAUACUUUAACCACGACACCACAUUGAAAUACAUUUUAAUGUAUUUUUAAUCUUUGUUGGAAGCCGCCCAGAGUGGCUAGGGAAACCCAGCCAGAUGGGUGGGGUACAAAUAAAUUAUUAUUAUUAUUAUUAUUAUUAUUAUUAUUAGUGGAGUGGUAGAGUUGGAAGGGACCCCCAAGGGUGAUCUAGUCUGACCCUCUGCAAUGCAGGAAUAUAUGUGAUUGUUCCCAAACGAGGGUCCAACCUGCAAUCUUGGCGUUAUUCGCUCUCUUCCAGGACUUGGUGACGUUUGAGGAGGUGGCUGUGCAAUUCACCCAGGAGGAAUGGGCUCUGCUGGAUCCAGGCCAAAGAGCUCUGCACAAGGAAGUCAUGGAGGAGAAUUAUGAGACAGUGACUUCUCUGGGUAAGGAUGCUCCCAUCCCUCCCCCGCCUCCAGACACGUCCACGGUAUGGAUUUCCCUCUCCCCCAAAAUCAAGGUUCUCUCCCCCCCACUAUAUAUAUAUAUAUAUAUAUAUAUAUAUAUAUAUAUACUGAAUCGUAAACUGGAAUGUAGGGACGCGUGUGGCGCUGUGGGUUAAACCACAGAGCCUAGGACUUGCCGAUCAGAAGGUUGGCGGUUCAAAUCCCCGUGACGGGGUGAGCUCCCGUUGUUCAGUCCCAGCUUCUGCCAACCUAGCAGUUUGAAAGCACAUCAAAGUGCAAGUAGAUAAAUAGGUACCGCUCUGGCGGGAAGGUAAACGGCAUUUCUGUGCGCUGCUCUGGUUCGCCAGAGUGGCUGGGGAAACCCUGCCAGAUGGGUGGGGUACAAAUAAUAACUUACUAUUACUAUUACUAUUUUGUGAUCAGAAGCAUCUGGUUUUGUCUCCUCGAAAGAAUCAGAUGUUAGCUCCUGCUGGGAAGAAGGAGAGGACCCGUUUCCCCAGGAUCCGAAAGAAGAAGAGACAUCAGCAGGUAGGUGCUCAGCUUUUGGGAAUAGAAUAAAUUGCCAUUUCCAGUGUGUUAUCAUUUCUGACAGAUUAACCCAGUGGUUCCCAAACGUUUGGCGGGCUCUUGCUCCCUUGGGUUACAUCAAACUCGUCCCCAGUGCCGCCUACCCUAUGAAAAGCAUUAUUCAGAAUAGCAGCUUGCAAUGCAUGGUUUUGAAUUUUAUUGUGUUAUUGGCUUCCUUCACAUUUAUUCAAAAUCCAAUGAAAACUACAGUCAUACCUCAUGUUACGUCCGCUUCAAGUUACGUUCUUUCAGGUUGCGACCGGAAGUACCCGAAAGGGUUUUGCUACUUUCGCAUGCGCAGGCGCGCAAAAAUGAUGUCACGCGCAUGCGCAGAAGCAACGAAUCGCAACCCACGCCAGCGCAGACGUGCCGCUGCAAGUUGCGUUCUUUUCAUGUUGUGAAUGGGCCUCCGGAAUGGAUCCCGUUUGCAACCAGAGGUACCACUGUACGGUAUUUAGCUUAACUAAUUCAACAAGAUUGACGAGUACCGACUUUUCGAAGCCUGAUAGGCAUUUACACUUCCAUUGUCCGCCUCAUCUCACCCCUCCGCCCGCCUCUUUGCGCCUCCCCAGGUAACCCUACCGCUGCACCACCACCAGGGGCAGUAGUAUCGCCCGCUUUGGGAACCGCUGGGUUAACCUCUCAGGCUAUGAGUUCUUCCGGUGGGCAGAAGGGCAGGGUUAAGCAAAUUGAUGGAAGGUAAAGCUCUCGCUACUAAUCGUGAUGACUAAUCAUGAGCACCAGCAGCUGAAAGGGGCCAUUGCCUUUACUUCCUCCUUGUGGGAUUCCCAUAUAGAUCCAGUUGGCCUUUGUAGGGAUGUUGCAAAAGCAGAACAGAUGGAUUCAUGAAAGAGAAAGCUCUCAGUGAUUGCAAGAGGACAGCGCUUGAGGGCUGUUGCCUUAUGUCUUUUGGGCUUCCUGGGGGAUGCUGGACGAGACAGGCUUUUGGUGUGAUCCAAAGGACUCUCCUCACAAAGAAAAUCUCUUCUGAUGGGAGACCACGUGGUCAAAUGUACCAAACACCAGCUUUCCUGUAACUUUAGGCUGUGGGUUCCCAAACUGCUCCUCUCACCUGCCAAAUUUUAUCUCCUCUCCCCCCACACCACUGCCUCUGUCGCUGAGAGGCAAAGAGCCCUGUAAACGUUCCCCUUUAACAAGGCAUUUGGCUGUUUAAUAUCCUGUAUCCUUUUAAAUUUGUUUGUGUGUGGGGGGGGUAUUGUUUUGUUUUGUUUUUUAUUUUUUCACCUUGUAUUUUUAUGCUGUGAACCGCCCUGAGAUCUUCAGAUGAAGGGUGGUAUACAAAUUAUUAUUAUUAUUAUUAUUAGCCAGGUAACUCCUGCUGGAUCCUAUCAUUCAGCUGGAGACCAAUGCAUUUUCCUUUGGGCUUCCUUUGGGAGGAGGCUAUAGCAAUGGGUGAACAUGGAAUAUAUUUUGUCCUCGGGAGCAACUAGCCUGUUUGUUUCUUUGAAAGAAAUCCCCAAACCGGACUUGAUGUCUUGGCUGAAAGAAGAGGACCCGAUUAGGUGGGGCUCGGAGGAAGUGACGAGAUGGGCAGGUACCAAUUUUAUUUUAUUUUUAGAAAAUCUUUAUUAAUUUUCAUAUAGACAAAUAUACACGAGUUACAUAACAUAUAAAACAGAAAAUGAUACAAAUGAAUAGAAACGAUGAACUAAGAAAAGAUAAAGAAACAAACAUAAACAAAUACAAUAUAUUACACUUACAUGACAGAUUAAAAUAUAUAACUUCCAAUAAUUCUCAUUAUACUACUUAUAUUAUCUGUAUUCCUUGCACAGAUUCAUAUUAUUUUGGAUUUUUGUGUGUGUGUGUGUGUGUGUGUGUGUGUGUGUAUAUAUAUAUAUAUAUAUAUAUAUAUAUUCCACUAUUAUAUUUUAUGUAAUUCUUAGUUACCAGUAUCACUCUAUUUCUGCAAGUAUCUUAUUGUUUGUACAGUACGUUUUAAAGUAUUCUUUAAAUAUUUUCCAUCCCCUAUAUACCUCCUGGUUUGACACUCCUCUAUUUUUUUCAGUCAAUUUUGCUAGUUGCAGGUAUUCUAUCGUAAGAAUUUGCUACUCUGUAAUCGUUGGUAAGAUUUCAUUCUUCCAAUUUCUUGCCACUAUUAUUCUGGCUACCAUAAUUGCGUACAUAAACAAUGGUCUUAUAUAUUUUUUUUAUUUUCAUUGGUAAUAUACCUAAUAGAAAAAUUUCUGGUCUUUUUAGAAAUGUGAGUUUGAAUAGUUUUUUUAAAUUCACUAUCAAUGUUAUUCCAAAAUUCACAGAUAACUUCGCAGUUCCACCACAUAUGGUGGCAGGUACCGAUUUUAAGAGACAUCUUGGGAAAGGUUAUGAUGUUAACAAAAACUGUGGUACAAUAUCUGGGCUUGUUAGAGUAAAUCCGAAUAUUGGCGGUGGCAAAGGCUGCAUACACCCCAUAACUUGAUUGAACCACCUCCCAGCAAGAGUCCCUGUCUGUCUUGUGUUUACUGAGGUCCGGGUGGUGUUACUAUGGCUUCAGUGGGGUGAAGUUGCUCAGCCAAUACCAGGACACAAAUAUCAACAGUCAUCGAUACUGGGAAUCCCAACAGAAUCCCUUGAUCACUUUCUCCGGUCAGGGAAAGGUAGAGGAAGAAGAAGGUUUGUCUCAAUAGAGAUUAUUCUUGCUCCACUUACAGAGACCCAGAAAGGCCAGAAUAUCGACUGCAAGGUUGUCGGGGAAGAGGGCACUGCCCAAGACGCGCUGCUGGCGAGACCGUCGACCUCCGCCAAACCGCUGCCGUGGCUCGGCUUUGAGUGCGCCUUUUGUUUUGUGUCGCAGAAGGGCAAAAACGUGACGGUGCAGUGCAAGUUCUGCUUGCCGAAAGUGAAAACGGUGAGCGCCGCCACAACCUCCACGUCCAACUUGAAACGGCAUCUGCAGGUAGGUGCCCAUUGGAGACACCCGAGGCUGAGCCUUAAAAAGCCUUAAAAGCCUUAAAAGAUUGUUUAUGUAUGCAACAACAGCCACACAGAUGCUACUAGCUCAGAGAUGGAAGAAAGAAACAACCCCGACCAGAGAAGAAUGGCAAAUCAAGGUGAUGGACUAUGCCGAAAUGGCAAAAUUAACUGGGAAGUUCAGAAAUCAAGAGGACAAGAACUUUUUUUUAAAAAAGGGAAAAGUUCAUAAUUUAUUUACAAGACCACUGCAAGCAGGUCAAAACAUUGACAGGAUUUUAACCACACUUGUAAAGUAACGGAAAGCAUAGAUAAUUUUGAAGGAAAAAAAUUGGAUAAAUAUUGAUAUGCAGUUGUAAAUAUUAUCAUUAGGACCCAUGGAAGGGAUGGGGGGGAGUCAGGCGAUUCAGAGCAAUCUCGAUAUUCAGAUUUUGAAUUGCUGUUUGUUGUACGUUUAUAUAUUUUUUUAAUCAAAUAAAAAAAAAUUAUAAAAAUGAAGUAACACUCUUUUCUUUUCCAGAAGCAGCACCCAGAGCAGCUCAGAGUCCUCGAGGCUGCGAAACGGAAGAAUACAAAGAAGCACGACUUCUCCGAGGCGGAAGACGCGAGCGGCUUGAGACCUCCCAAAAUGCCGGCCACCCUGGAGAGAUGGGGGUCCAGCAGGGAGCCUGUCAGCCAGAAACUGCUGGAUAAGAAACUGCUGGAUUUCAUUGUGGAGGAGACGGUGCCCCUGCAGCUGGUGGACAAGCCGUCGUUCAUCGAGUUUGCUCGCCUGGGCCUCAGCAAGGAGCUGUCCAUCAUGUCCUCCAAGACUCUGAAAGAGAGGCUGGAAAAGAAGGCCUACCACAUGCGGGAGGAGGCGGCCAUGAAAAUGACACGGGUACAGCACGUGGCUACCACUGCGGACUGCUGGACGCAUGGAAGGAAGACCUACCUCGGGGUUACGGCCCAUUGGAUCAACCCGGAGAGCCUAACCCGGGAGUGUUGCGCCCUGGCCUGCCGACGCCUGAAAGGACACCACGCCUACGACCUCGCCACGACUCUGCACAACAUCCACGUGGAGUACAAAAUCCACCACAAAGUGGUAUGCACCACCACGGACAACGGCUGUAACCUGGUCAAAGCCUUCAGAGCUUUCUACACAGACAAGGAGGCGGUGGAUGUCAUGGACCAAGCAGACGAAGGGGACAACGACCAGCAGGAAGUGGAGUUUGUGGAUGUCUGUAACAUUCUGGACACGGGUGAAUACAGGGCCGCUGAAGAAGAAAUGUGCUUGCCCCCACACCAAAGGUGCGCAAGCUACACGCUGAACUUGGUGGCCACCCAAGACAUCGAGAGAGUCCUCAACUCUAAGAAUUCUCCUCUGGGCGGUUUCAAGAAACACUUUUGCUCCUUGCUGGGGAAGUGUUCUAAGCUGUGGUCCAAACAAAAGCAAUCGGCGAUUACCGCAGAGUACAUCAAAGACCAGUGCGGUGUCUUGCUCAGGGUCCCCAGUAAGACCAGGUGGAGUACCACCUACGAUGCUCUGAAGCAGCUAAGGGAUCUACUGUCCACUGCACCACAGAAGAUGGAUUCCAUCCUGGACUUCUGCUCCUUGCAGAGGAUCACAGCUCCCGAGGCCCAGGUGGUCCAAGAAUAUUGCGAGAUCCUCGCUCCUGUGGCCCAGGCCCUCGAUAUCCUUCAAAAGGAAAACGGCAUGUUUAUGGGUUACCUGCUCCCGACUCUCUACGCUCUGGACCAUAAGUUGGAGGUGCUGGAGAAGAAGCCUGCAAAUUGCACCUACUGCCGUCCUCUGGUGAAGAUUGUGCGGGAAGGGAUAAGGAAAAGGUUUGAGCCGAUUUGGAAGGAGAGGAAGCUGUUGGUGGCUGCCUGCUUGCACCCGCGGUUCAAGGUGGACUGGUUGGAUCUGUGCAACACUGAGAUCGGCAAAAGUACCAUGGAAGCUUUGCUGAGAGCCGAGAUCCAGAGAGUGGUCACCGAGCAGGUCAAGAGCUCUUCGGAGAGGGAGUGCGCCGUCGACUGCGACGACGAGUUUUUCGGGAUACAGUCCCGAAGCAAGAAGUCCGCAUCGGACUCUGCCGAAGAGGAGGUCUCGAGGUACCUAAAGUUCCCCAACAGCGAGCUGUCUUCGCUGCAUGCCUUCCCGCAGAUUUUGAAAAGUUUCCUUGCAUACAACACGGGCCUGCCUUCCAGCGCUGCUGCUGAGCGCCUCUUUGGCGCAGGGGGGAACGUAAUGACCGUGAAAAGACAUUCUCUGGCGGAUGACAUGUUUGAGCACCUGGUGCUUCUAAAGCAGAACAAAGGCGUGGUUUGAGGAUCUCGCUCGUGCCCACGGAGAUGGCACCGGAUACCAGCUGAAUUUCCUUAUGCUGCCAAGGGGGACUCGCCGUUGUGCUGGAGGGGGGUGUGGUGAAAGAGGAUUGGUGUUUCAUUUGGGGUGGGGUUGCCCCAGGGCUUUUUUUCCCUGCUGGGAAAACUCAGUUCCAGCACCUCUCAGGUGGGCACCAUUGUCAUUACAGCUGUACCUUGGAAGUCGAACAGAAUUCGUUCUGGAAGUCCGUUCAACUUCCAAAAUGUUUGAAAACUAAAGUGCGGUUUCUGAUUGGCUGCAGGAAGCUCCUGCAGCCAAUUGGAAGCCGCAGAAGCCCCGUCAGACAUUCAGCUUCCAAAAAUAGUUUGCAAACUGGAACACUCACUGUCGGGUUUGCAGCAUUCGGGAGCCAAAACGUUCAGGAACGAAGCUGUUUGAAAACCAAGGCACGAUUGUAUAAUGCAAUUCUAGCCCUGUUCUCAGUCGGAACAGGUAGCGAUCCCAGAGUCCAGCACAAAGACCUGUUAGCAAUGUUACCAGCUGCCAGCGAUGGCACCAGAAACGGGUCUCUUUGCCCACAAAGGGUGGGUGGGUGCAGUAAAAUUUGGGGCACAGCUUUAUGUGAACAUUUGACCCAGCACAGAAGAGUUGUUGAAGGUAAAGCGAAACGAGAUAAAUUGCUUCUGUUCAUUAGUUUUGUUAAUAACAAGACCGGCUCUCCCAGAUCUCCAGUCACCCUUCUGGCAAUGUGGAGCGGCUAGCUCCACCGAAUGGAAGGACGCCAGUCGAACUCAACUUUUUAAAAAUUCUGUCACUUUCUACUCCUCAGCAGACUUGUUUUCCUUCUCUCCGUUCUUUGUUGCUGUUGUAGUUAUGUCAGUAAUUGUUCUCUAGUGCUCAGCUUCCGUUUUCUACAUAUAAUUGUGAAUAUCAACUUUUUAAAAAAAAAAUACGGAUGUGCCAUUUACAAUGAAUAUUUGAGUACUUUUUCUUAGUUUUCUUAGCUUCAUAGGUCACUUGACUGUACAAGUUACUUUUCAAGCCCGUACGUGGUAAGCCUGGCACACAGCUAAUGUGUAGAACUCACAGUCUGGGGCUUGUGAGUUUGGUAGGGGGAAAUGAAAAAUCCAUAUCCCGGUAGAAUGUAUAUUUUGAGGUUUUCUUUAUUCUCUUAACUGUGUUUUUUACACUUGAGAAUGUUGGGGUGGGGAUGAAAGGCUGAGGGUGAGCUUUUUCUUUUGUUCACUAGCAUGGAAUUUGCCUUUUUCACAUCUGCCAUACACUGGGUCACCAUCUUCAUCACGAUCAUCUUCCUGGUCAGUUAUCAUCAGUUCUGACCCCAUGAGCUUAUAUGUGAAAUUAAUAUCCCCACCCCACCACUAUACCCAAAACUUUGUUUUUCUUUUUUUUCACAUUGAAUUGCAUUUGCCAUUUUACUGCCACUCACUCCUAUUGAAGAGGCCCUGAACGAUUCAGUACUGUCGGCAAACUUGGCCACUGCGUUCAUUGGUAUUCUGACGAAGUAUUUCAUAUACAGUGGUACCUUGGUUCUCAAACUUGAUCCGUUCCGGAAGUCCGUUCCAAAACCAAAGCGUUCCAAAACCAAGGUGUGCUUUCCCAUAGAAAGUAAUGCAAAAUGGAUUAAUCCGUUCCAGACCUUUUAAAAACAACCCCUAUAACAGCAAUUUAACAUGAAUUUUACUAUCUAACGAGACCAUUGAUCCAUAAAAUGAAAGCAAUAAACAAUGUACAGUGGUACCUCGGGUUACAGAUGCUUCAGGUUACAGACGCUUCAGGUUACAGAAUCUGCUAACCCAGAAGUAGUACCUCGGGUUAAGAACUUUGCUUCAGGAUGAGAACAGAAAUCACGUGGCAGCAGCGGGAGGCCCCAUUAGCUAAAGUGGUACCUCAGGUUAAGAACAGUUUCAGGUUAAGAAGGGACCUCCAGAACGAAUUAAGUUCUUAACCCGAGGUACCACUGUACUUCAGUCACACAAUCAAUCAGUCAAUAGCUGAACUGGGUUCCACACAGUCAC